AUGGAAACAUUGAAAUCAGCAUUUGGUGGCGGCGGCGGCGGAAGUGGCGGGAGUGGUGACAACAACAACGACGCGGGGGACGUCGAGAUACUCUCGACGAGUGCGGAUGGCAGCAGCAACGGCGCCGCCGACAUGCCGUCGCGCGAAGAAAUGCUCAAGACGAUCGAAUCCCUCCAGAAGGCCCAGAAGGCCCAGUCGGCGGCCAACGACCUCAAGUCCAAGGCGAUGGCGAUGGCGAACUCGAAGCAGCGGGAGAAGAUGCUCCGGGAGGCCUUCGACAAGGAGAUGGAGGCGCACGGGCACAGCAAGAUGGCGCGACGGAUGCAGUCGGGCGCCUGGCAGGGCCUGGGGUUCGGGGGAGGCAUCGGCGCCGCUUCGGGCCUGGGCCUGGGGACGGGCCUGGGCACGGUGCUGGGCGCGAUCCUCGCGGUGCCGAGUACCGGGUUGGGAAUGCUCGUGGGGAGCGGCGUGGGCGCCAUCCACGGGCCCUGGGUCAAGUUGGGCGGCGGCAAGGAGGAGCCGUUUGAAGACGCCGAUCCGGAGAAGGUGGUCGACGCGAUCGAGGAGGAGAGAAUCGCGGCAGCCGCGCAAGCACAGAACCGACGGGGCCAACGAGAGGGACAAACGAGGGAGGAGGAUAAGCAGAAGCAGAAGCAGAAGCAGCAGCAGCAGCAGCAACAACAACAACAACAACAGCAACAGCAACAGACGACGGAAGGGAAGAGGAGGAAACCGCCGAAAUUGGAGAUCAGGUCGAAGAAGAACGAGAAUGGUGAUCGGAACGGGAGUGAGAAGGAGACGAACAAGGACAGGAGCGGUAUCGGUGACGGUGACGGUGUUGGUGUCGGAACUGGAAACGUACAGACGAAGAUGGCAGAGGAAUCCAAACCGAGAAGAAAGCCACCAAAGCUGGAAAUCAGGUCUGGAAAGGGGUCGAAUGGUACCAAGACAUAA